AUGCCAGACUCCACCCCGGCAUCGGGCGACCUUUCUCGCGCGACGCCCGAGGUCCAGAAAUACCGGCCACGGGCAUGCCAGUCGUGUUCCAAGAUCAAGGCGCCAUGCACUCUCCCAGAAAUCAACCCGCGAAGGAGGCGCGGCCCAUCGACCCGUGUUGGGCAGCUCGAGGAGAAGAUCGACGGUAUCAUGUCCCUCCUGAACGCCAGUCAGCAGAUCCAACAAAACAGUCCUAGUUCCAGCGGCCAGACACCACCAAGCAGUGCCAGUGUGCCCGUCCCGAGCCACGAGCCCGGCAGGAACAGCAUCCAGCAACUCCUCAACCCAAACGUCGAGUCCGCAAGCAGCGCGACCCCCAGCAACAGGCCAGAUUUCCCGGAACUCGCCUCAUCUCCUCCUUCAGCACACAACUACCACUACAAUGCCCGCCCUCUCGCCCCUUCAGGCAUGCCCCAGCCUGUAUCCAUCGCCACCGGGCAAAGCACAGGCGCCAGCAGCCCAAAGGGUCCGCCGGAAACGGCUGGGCCAGGCUUCAGAGCGCAGAACAGACCCUCGCCGCCCGGCAACGAGGCCGUCGAGAUCAUACCUGGGUUCAGGAUGACAUUCUACGAGGCCGACCGCGCCUUGAACAUCUACAGGUCCCUAUAUGCGCCCUACUUCCCUUUUGUUACUAUUCCCGUCAUGGCCACCGCCUAUGACUUCUACGAAAAGACGCCCUUCCUUUUCCGCACCAUCGUCUCGGUGGCUGCGCCGCAAGCCCCGAACAUGCAGUCUGACUACAAGGAAUGGUUUCGGCGGUACAUUGCUGAGCACCUUGUGGUCAACAAUGAGCGCAGACUAGAGAUACUGCAGGCGUUGCUGGUCCACAUGGCAUGGGGCGACUUCCACUUCUUUAUCGACUCCCAGGCAACAAACUUUGUCCAACUAGCUGUUGCACUUGUGAUCGAUCUGGGCCUCAGCAGGUGGCCCCUCGAUUUCGGCAAAGCCUCCUCCCUCAUGCUGAAGGAUGCCGCGAUCCAGACGGGAACGAAGAGGUAUUGGCACAAAGAACAUACGCUGGACGACAUGCGCGCCGCCCUUGGCACUUUUUACGUCACAUCCUUACUCUCCGGCUUCUUCAGGCGCCACAACCCAAUGACAUACAGCUCGUACCUGGUCAGGUGCUGCGACGAGAUUGACCAGGCCCGGGAGUACGACUCGGACAGCUUCCUGGUCGCGCUGGUCAAGAUCCAGCAACUCCUGGGCCGGGCUGCUGACCUGGUUCCUUACGGCGACGAUGACGCGUCGCGCAACGUGAAUUAUGCGCCGGUACAUAUGGCAAUCACGGCCGUACGCAAGGAACUAGACACCCUGGUCCGGCAGCAACCGCCUGAGGUAGAGUGCAACUCACUGUUAUGGACGCACUACCACGGCACGAUAUGCCGCCUCUACGAGCCCGCCAUCUACAUCCGCUCGACGUCGGCCGCGCCGGGCUGCGAGUCGGGCGAUCCCAACGCGCGCACCUCGGCGCUGUGGGCGUGCCUCAGCUCGGCGCGCGACUUCUUCUCGGCCUACAUGGCGAUCCCGCCGCAGAACCUGGUGUGCAUGCCCUUCCACAGCGCGCACAUCUCCUUCGUCAUCGUGACGGCCAGCCGGCUGCUCUUCCUGGGCGACGAGGCGUCGUCCCCCAACGCCCAGCGCGACCCGGACUGGGUCGUGUCGAUGGCGCGCGACCACUUCAACCUCGAGGGCGUGUGCGCGCGCCUGGCCGAGUUCUUCGACGAGGCGGACCGCCUCGCCACGGGGCUGGGGAGGCGGGGGCGCUACGUGGACGGGGAGAGGAGCGUGCUGGGCAUGUUCAGGGACAAGGUGCGCUGGAUCCGGAGCUGGUACUUGGGGCGCACGCGCCCCGGCACGCGCGAGGGGUAUCCUGGCCCGUACCCUCAGGACCCGCGGUUCAGAAGCGAGGCUGCGGGCGACGCGGCGGCCAAAGAUGCGGCCAGCGGUGGUGGUGGUGGUGGCGGUGCUGGGACGGCGGAGCCUGGCGGCGGCAAUGCAUCAGCGCAAGGAGGAGGAGGAGGGCAGGCGAUGGAUGUGGACUACGCAAUACCCAGCCAGCUCCCGAUGCCCGGUGAGCUCGACGAGACCUUUUGGCAGGCCAUGUUCGACCUGAGCGGGAGCGGGAGCGGGAGCGGCGGGAUGGACUGGAUGGACGUCCAGGCAUAA